AUGGCUACAUCAUCCUCAAUCACAAAACCUUUUUCAUCAGAUGACGCAGUGGCCGCGGGUCGCUCGACUGGCAUCUUCACGACGUGGGGGGAGUGCGAAGCUCAGUGGAGGUUGGUGGUACGCUGUGGCCAAAGGGAGGAGGACGGAGGUCUUUCGGACGUGGAAAGAAGCCAAAAUACAAGUGGAAAACUUCUUCAGGCCAGUUUCAAGAAAUUCCUAACAAAAGAGGAGGCCGAGGCUUUCGUGAACCAACAUGCAACCGCUACAAAGAGCCAGGAAGGAGAUCCUGACCCAAAAGAUCCGACUACUUUUGUGGCUUUCUGUGAUGGUAGUGCAAUGGAGAACGGACGUCGGAAAUGUCGUGCUGGAUACGCCUGUAUAUUCCCACACUGUGAGGAAUGGAAUGUAGCCAAGACGUUAGUGGAGGCUCGAGCCACGAACAACAGGGCGGAGUAUAUGGCGGGACUCGCUGCACGUUUGUUGGAAGACGUCUCACAUCAGUUCACUGGAUUACUGAGCAAAUGCGUGCUUGAAUUUGAUUUCCAACUGUACAAUACCAAGAUCCGUUCGCUGUACCCACGAGCUCAGUUGAUAAUUUGCAAGGUUCCAGUGAAGCGAUCGAAGGACAAGCGCACUCCAGACUCAAGUGCUACCUUUACAAUGAAGCCGUUCGCACUGCUACUGCUGUUGGUGCUCGCGGUUGCCGCUACUGUGCAUGGCCUCGAGGUUGCUGCGCCGGUUCACCUCCGCCAUUUACAAGGAGAUGACCAGCAACCCCAACAGCCUGAGCAACCGGAGCAGCCUGAGCAACCGGAGCAGCCAGAGCAACCAGAGCAACCGGAGCAGCCUGUCGUGCUUCCUGCCGUGCAGCCUGUCACGCAGCCUGGAGGAGGCUAUAUGACUGGUGACAAUACGAACACUAUGAGCGGCACCACUGAGUUCAAUGGUGGCCGCUGCUUCCCCUGGCCUCGUUGCCGCUUCUGGUGUGUCCCUGGAUCUUGGAUCUGGCCACGUUGCCGUCCCCGUCCUCCCUGUUACCCUGGUGGGUGGAACUGGCCGCGCUGCCGCUACGUUGUCUAA